AGGGAAUGAGAGAGAGAGAGAGAGAGAGAGAGAGAGAGAGAGAGAGAGAGAGAGAGAGAGAGAGAGAGAGAGAGAGAAAGAGAGGGGAAAAGAUAGGAGAGAGAGAGAGAGAAAGAGAGAGAGAGAGACAGAGAGAUAGAGAGAGAAAGAGAGAGAGAGAGAGAUUGAGAGAAAGAGAGAGAAAUGAGAGAGAAGAGAGAGAGAGAGAGAGAGAGAGAGAGAGAGAGAGAGAGAGAGAGAGAGAGAGAGAGAGGGAGAGAGAGAGAGAGAGAGAGAGAGAGAGAGAGAGAGAGAGAGAGAGAGAGAGAGAGAGAGAGAGAGAGAGAGAGAGGUGAGCUUACUUCCCUGAGCUCACUUCCUUGA